UCGCGCGCUGCCAUCUCCGCCGCUGCCGUUGCGCGCGGGACCGAGGGAAGCGGAACGCGCGGCGCGUGGAGCAGAAACGCUGGGAUUUUACUCCAGAAAGAAGAGCUCAGUGUCAAACGCGCGCGCAAACACACACACACACACACACACACACACACACACACACAGAGUAAAUCCCGCAUUCCGAGCCGCUGGCGGUAAAAGCUCUGUGUUUGUGAGAAGAACAAGAAGAAGACAAGACGACAGAGCGGAGCGGAGCGCGAGUUCACCGGGGUCGGAAGCGUCUCACCGCGCAGGAGUGGCCAUGCCAUUCGGCUGUUUAACGUUCGGGGAGAAGAAGGAUUACAACAAUCCCUCAGAGGUCACAGACAAAUAUGACCUGGGGCAGAUUGUUAAGUCCGAGGAGUUCUGCGAGAUUUUCCGGGCCAAGGACAAGAACACGUUAAAAAUGUACACCUGUAAGAAAUUCCUGAAGAAAGAUGGUAGAAAAGUCAGGAAAGCUGCCAAGAACGAAAUCCUCAUCUUGAAAAUGGUGAAGCACCCCAAUAUUCUCCAGCUCGUUGAUGUCUAUGAAACCAGAAAGGAGUACUACCUCUUCCUCGAGCUGGCUACGGGCAGAGAAGUGUUUGACUGGAUCCUUGACCAAGGCUACUAUUCUGAGCGGGACACCAGCAAUGUCAUUCGACAGGUGAUGGAAGCUGUGGCCUAUCUGCACUCGCUGCGCAUUGUCCACAGGAACCUGAAGCUGGAGAACCUGGUGUAUUACAACCGUCUGAAGAACUCCAAGAUCGUGAUCAGCGAUUUCCACCUAGCUAAGCUAGAGAACGGACUCAUCAAGGAGCCUUGCGGGACCCCAGAAUACUUAGCCCCAGAGGUCGUGGGGCGACAGAGAUACGGCAGACCUGUGGACUGCUGGGCCCUCGGAGUCAUCAUGUACAUAUUGCUGUCUGGAAACCCCCCCUUCUACGACGAGACCGAUGACGACGACUAUGAGAACCACGACAAAAACCUCUUCAGGAAGAUCCUGGCUGGAGACUAUGAGUUUGACUCUCCGUACUGGGAUGACAUCUCUGAUUCUGCAAAGAGCCUGGUAUCUCGGCUGAUGGAAGUGGACCAGCACCAGAGGCUCACUGCACAGGAGGCCAUCAACCACGAGUGGAUAUCUGGGAAUGCGGCCUCGGAUAAAAACAUCAAGGAUGGCGUCUGUGCGCAAAUCGAGAAGAAUUUUGCAAAAGCCAAGUGGAAGAAAGCAGUACGGGUCACGACCAUCAUGAAGAGGCUGCGCGCUCCAGAGCAGAGUGACGCGGCAGCGGCCGGUCCCGCCACGCAGCCAGCGGGUGCCCAGGGCACGACAACAGCUGCGGGCGACGCACCUGCAGCUCCGGCCGCAACCCCCGAGAGCCCCCCGCCCGGCGCAGAGCCCCCCGCCGGCCAGCCGGUUCCCGGCGCUCGACCGGAAAGCGGCCCCGCUGCCGCCGCGGGCUCGGGCGGAAAUGCGGCCCCGGGCGACGCCGCGCUCGAGCUCGAGGACCCCUCGUCACGGUGUAACGGGGAGACCGCGGCCCCGCUACCGCCGACGGCAGAAGGCAGCGACGAGCAGAACGGCUAAAUCGUCCGUUUGGUGCCGAGCCACUCCGAGAGCCCUGAACCCCACCCUGCAUACUGUACAUUCGCUGCUGGCAUGGUGACACUCGAUCUGCUAUUUUCCUUCACGGCACUGGCAUCUUACAGAGCCCGUGUUCUGUCUCUCCUGAGUGACUGACUGGCCUGUGUUCCUCUGUGAUUAAUGCCCCCGUGUUCCCCUUCAUCUGAACAACUGGAACGUCUUCCUUCCCGUUUCCUUCUUUUUUCCAAAUCGCCCCUCCCUCCAGCCUUUGACGAGCUCCUCUCUUUCGUUUUGUCGCCAGCCGUAGUUGCCGCUUUAAGCUGUCCCCCUGUCGCCAGUAUCCUACUAGUUGAAGCAUGAGCAAAAACAGUAGUUGCUAAAUAUUGUCAUUUUCCGGGGGUUCACUGUGUUUGUGCCGACCCGCUACGUAGCCGAUGCGGACGUCGGGCUCAGGGCCCCGCUCAGGAAAGCACCACAUGGCUCUUGAAGUGUGUACGUACUGUAAAUAGAGACCCGGUAGAAUUACCCCAAAAAGACACACGUUCUGAACUUUCCUGUUGAUUUGCUACGGUUCGUGAAGUGACUGGCGGAUAGCGAGAUGCUCACGCUGCCCGCCUAACGCGCACUCUAAGUGACUGUAAUAGAUAGGCGUUCGUCACGGCUCCGCCUUCUCCGUAAUCCCUCCGUACCUUCCACCGUGAAAUAUAAUCGUCGUCGAAGCCGGACGCGUUUCCUCUUUUGCUUCGCUGAAUCGCAGCUUACUUAAAAUGCGGCACAUUAAGAUGGUGCGGAGUGACGCGCCGCAUUGGAGUCCUACGCUUUUUUUUUUUUCCCUUCACAUUUUCCUAAGAGUUACUUGGAGGCACUUUCGAGGCGGAGAAGGUCUCUCUCAGUUACACGUACCCUGCGCUUAGGACACGUGUACGUUCUCCCGAUUUUUGUGGCGCGGCGGUCAGAAGAUGCCAGGGAUGAAAUCCGCAUCGCAGGCAGAAUCUUUGCGUUAAAGUAGCAUGCGGAGCACUUAGCAGAAAUGAACUUUGCGCAGCCUUGGCUGCGAAAAAGACGAAACGAAUAAAUGAAAUGUUACGUUAAUAGAAAUUUCCACGAUACCACACCCGUACCGCGUUAUAGUACGUGGGCCUCGAGGAGCUCGCCUUUAUCCCCUCGCACCUCUGCCUGCUUCCCUCUGUCCUUUCAUUUAACGUUCGCAUUUCCUGAAAUAUCUUUCGCAUUCUUUCAGUUUCCUCUUCAGUCUUCAUCUUCACGCUUCGUGCGUCCUCGGCUAGAAAACAGCUGCUUCUUGGCCUCCGUUUUAUCAUCGCGAUUCUUUGUUUUAAAAGACCGGCCCCUCUGGCAUUACGCGCCAUUGUUAUCCUGUGAAAAACAACACUAAAAGCCAUCGUUGUUUCUUUCUGCUGUUUGUAAAAUGUUCUGUUGUUUAAAAAAAAGAACUGGAAUUAGUUUAAGGUAGCGCUCUUAAAAGCCACCGACUGUGCUGUUCUGGGCAUUCAAAUGUACAGUAUAUAUGAUUCUAUUUUAAUUGUCCUCCCUCUCGUUUAUUUAUUCGUUCGUGCGUCUGUGUGCUGCACUUAUUUUAAUGUGAAUGACACCGACGAUGUCAUUUUUUCUUCACUGCCGGUGUAGUGAAUGGAGGAAAAUGAGGGAUGCCAGAAUACACUGUAACCAUUACGAACAGAGCAAUAUCGAGGUUGCUUUCGAAAACCGUGACGCCGCUUUCCGUGUCGUUUACGCGGUGCGUGUAGUUAAGAACCGAAGGACCGCUGCCGUCGUCCUGGGUGAGCGGGCCUCCUCUCGCCAGAUGGCCGUCGUGCGACAGGAAGGGUUCAGAUCUCAUUAGUCACGCUUCCCGACCCCCGCGACCACCCGCUUCGGGCGCCAUCCCGCAAUGCAUUUUACCAGCAACCCACCCGCUGCGGCGCAGGCCGUCCCUCCUAAGGAACAGCGAGCCCGCGGUUCGUCACGUGUCGCGGUCGGACUUUGGCGUCGCGCCGUCGUCUCGGCGGCCAUGUUUAAUAGAUCACUCCUCUGCGCUUCGCUCCUGUUUUAUUCCAUUUGAUUCGCUUUGAUUUCUUUCCCUCUAAAGUCUCCCUCUUUGUUUGCGGCUACAGGCGGCUGUUGAAUUCUGUACUUUAGAAACGUCACGGCCGUUUCCUACGCAGGGAAAAAAUGAAGCGUCCAUCUUGUUGCUAGUGACUUUUGUCGAAGACGUUCAAGUCUUUGCUGCCUGGUCCACGUUGAACUUGUGCGUUUCUGAUGUUAGUAUCUAUAUAGGUGACUAUGAACGUACGAACGCGCGCUGCGUUCAUCAUCGGGUUUUCUCUAAGCUCUCUGGGAGUUCUCUCGAAAAGCUACAUUUGGCCUGGAGAAGAAAGAGCACGGACUUAGUUUUAGCUCAGUGAUCAUCAGUAUGGACCGUGUUUCUUCACGCAUCUCUCACAUCUCUAAAUGUGACCGUCACGGGGACUCGUCGGCUCCCUCAGGCCCCGUCUCUUGUUUUUAGCCUCUGUGCUCCUUCGCUGACUUUAUGAAUUUGAUGCUAAUAAAACUUUCUUCAUGGAAUGUUGACGUUGUUCUCUUGCUUCUCUCUUUCCGCCAGCAGACCUGCUUUCUGUCUCGCUUUCCCUGUGUCCAUUAAAAAAGAGAACGUUUCUGUUUUCCUCUGUCUGUGCAUGAUUCCCCGGAGUUAAUACCGUCAGCUUUUCAACAAGUAAGCAAGGGGCGGAGUGGUAAAACACAGACUUGUAGCCGAAAGAAAUGUUUCGCGUGCGACGGGGGAACGUGGUAUGUUACGACUGAGCAAGGUAAUUGAUCGUGUGCCCGGUGACGUGCGGCAGGUGAGCUGCUUUGCAUAAACGUGUCAACUAGGCAACAAAACAAUAAUAGAAAGGAUAAGGAGCAGCCAGGUUUUGUCUUCUCUCUCACCAUUGUAUUAGUAAUGACAGUCGCAGGACUUUCAGAGGAUACCCUUCAAGAACGUGCUGAGUGACACGACUGUUUUUGACUUUGUGCAAGUGCUGCAAGGCUUUACGGUGCUUUUCACGGAGGGAAAUGGACACAUUUGAAAAUAGAACAGAACAGCAGGUCAAGACAUCGGGGUUAAAAGAUGCUCUUUAGCCACUGAAGUUACUUUACGAAGGAAGACUGGAAAGCACGGAUUGAAAUAAACUGGGCUGUGAUUUUAUGAAAUCUCAUCGAUGCGGUACCGAAGGGGCCGGAAGGCAUCUUUCACUUCACAA